CGCAUGUCUCGGAUCGUCACCUUCUCAUGCAUAUCGACUGGCAGUACAAUUCGCAAAGAUCACAGCAUCAUCAGGCCGCGCGCCUACCGCAUUCGACAAUAUGGAGCUCAUCAAGGACGUUGCAGAGCAGAGCAAAAUGGUUGUGAGAUUGCCUGCGAUGUACAAUGAAUUUAUCACGAAGAAUGCGAGCGCAGUCGGACAGGUUGAAGGGGCUUUGCGGUCAUUGACAUACCUGAUUCCGGGCUCUUUUCAAACUUCCGACCUCGCAUCGGAGUCGCUGAACUCUGGCGUGCAACUCCUAGCACUAUAUCACGACUCUCUUCUCUCGCGCGCGAUCGCUCAAACAAUCCGCACAUCCCAUAAACAUCAAACACCACAUAGUCGCUAUACGCGAUUCUUUUGUCAAAAGAGCAAGACAUACAGGCGAACGGCGACAACUUUACAGGUAGUGCAAUAUGUGGAGCUUCUGCUGGAAAUGAUGGCGAAGCGGCGUGACGAGCGCACGCAAUGGCGUUUGGUCGUAGUUCUGGAGUCCAUUAAAGCGCUCUGUCGGAUAAUACUCAUGCGACUGACAAACUCACGGCCGCUUCUGACACCACCACUUCCUGAACGUCAACUCUUGGAGGAGAAGGAAGUCCAUGACGAGGAGACUCUGGCAAGUCCACCAUCAGAGCGGUCCGAAGCCGGCAGCGAGCAAUGGUCGAUGCCUCGAACAUCUCUCACACUUCCUCCCCUUCCAAGUCCUGACGACAUAUCUUCAUACCUCCUCUCCAAGGUCCUAACGGCGGAUGACAUUAAGCCGCCGACGGCUCUGUUACAUCGCACUGCCGGCCUGGGAGAAUUCGCAGAGCUUUUGUUCAUCCUGAGGCCUGUCAUUUACGCUGUUGCCAUGGCAUACUACAGUCAGAGAGAUGAUGGGCGUGGCAAAUCUGAUUGGAGGCCUUGGCUCUUGGGUUUGAGCAUCGAGUAUGGCGCGCGGCAAUUGGCGAAACGCGACCUCGAAACUCGCCGACCUGGAGGUGCUCGCGGCCUCACGCAACUCGAGCGCGACGAGCUCAAGAAACGAGGAUGGGCGCUCGGUUGGUGGGCCAUGCGCGGCGCCUUUUACGAAAACGUAACACAAGUCAUGGUACAGGGUGUAUCAUCACGACUCAAGGGAAAGCCUCUAUUGGACAUGGUAGCCACUUUCGUGGAGGAUUACGACUUUCUUUGGGAACACCCGCCGCCGCCGUCGUCUCUUCAUUCCACCACUUCUUCUGUACACCAACCUACCACCGCAACUCAUCAACAUCAGUUUUCGAACGGCGAACGGAAAUAUCCAAAUCAUCGAAAACCUCAAAUCCACCCUCCACACCGCGUCAUCAUGCGUUCCAAGUUCAAGGAUGAGCACCCCUUCGAGAAGCGCAAGGCCGAAGCUGAGCGCAUCCGACAGAAGUAUGCCGACAGAAUCCCGGUCAUCUGCGAGAAGGUCGAAAAGUCCGACAUCGCCACCAUCGACAAGAAGAAGUACCUGGUUCCCGCCGACCUCACCGUUGGCCAGUUCGUCUACGUCAUCCGCAAGCGCAUCAAGCUCAGCCCCGAGAAGGCCAUCUUCAUCUUCGUCGACGAGGUCCUGCCACCCACCGCCGCUCUCAUGAGCUCAAUCUACGAGGAGCACAAAGAUGAGGACGGUUUCCUGUAUAUCACAUACUCUGGCGAGAACACCUUCGGCGAGUCAGUAUGAGUCACCAUGAUUAUUCGUGCACAUCGCAUGCGAUGAAGCUAUGAGUUGCAGUGCCUUCGUGACAAGAUCCCCUGUGGAAUUCUCGCCUGGUCAUCGGAUACGGAGUUCGUGGUGUUAUUAUCGGUUUGAGAAUAUGGUAUGGAAUUGAGUUGGGCUAUACCUAGUAUCAGAACGGACAAAUCAUAUGCCUUUAGACAAGGGAUUUUGAGCGCAGAUUCAGAGCCGCUUCGCGGUCUGGUUGCGGUGUUCUCGUAUUCUGCGAUGUGCCAGCAAACUCUACGCAACAGCGUUUAGAAUAACAGUGCGACAAGCCGUCUCGAGAUAACGUGCAAAGCGGAACUUUGAGCCAGAAUCUCUGAGAUUGUAAUCUUCAACCUCUUGUCGGCAUGGAUGUUCGCUCGGUGCAAUAAGCUAUGCCAAUGAUAUGAUUUGACGACAAACUUCUGGCCUCAGCGCCCUUUGAACUACUUUGCCCUUGUUGGUUUGACACGACG